GAAAAUAAUAAACCGGAAGAGGUGUUGACGCAGAUUGCCGCUGUCAACAGCACUGAUCAAGUCUACGGCGACUACAGACGCCACAAAACCCAUCGGGUGAUUAUAAAGCAACUACACAAUUACGGACUCUGACUCCUACUCUGUGGAAGCUUUGUGUGUUUGUGUGUGUGUGUAUGUGUAUCAGCGGGUGCGUAUAGCGCCAUUGUGCAGUGUGUGUGAUGUCGGCAGAGCUGCUGGUAGAUUUGGGUGAUGACCCUGCGACUGCACAGUUAGGGCAGCUGAAGCUGGCCACGAUAGAGGACCAGCAGUGGCCCGCUGAUGAGUCUACUCUCAGCAAGUCAGAGACAGACAUCUCCCAGCGCUUCGAUGCUGACUCUCCCCACCUGCCCUGGGACCAUCCCUUCUAUGACAUUGCCAGGCAUCAGAUCAUUGAAGUGGCAGGUGAUGAUAACUUUGGCAGGAAGGUGAUAGUGUUUAAUGCCUGCAGAAUGCCUCCACAGCACCAACUGGACCAUCACAAGCUGCUGAUGUAUCUUAAAGGAACACUGGAUCAGUAUGUUGAAAGUGACUACACUCUGAUCUACUUCCAUCAUGGGCUGACCAGUGAAAACAAACCAUCUCUCAGCUGGCUACGUGAUGCAUACAGGGAGUUUGACAGAAAGUAUAAGAAGAACAUCAAGGCUCUGUAUAUCGUCCAUCCCACCAUGUUUAUCAAGACCCUGCUGAUCCUCUUCAAACCAAUCAUCAGUUUUAAGUUUGGCAGGAAGAUCAACUAUGUGAGCUAUCUGAGUGAGCUGGAGGAUGUGGUAAAGUGUGAUCAGCUGAUCAUUCCUGCCCGUGUCAAAGAGUACGACAACAAGUUGAGGGCAUCUCUGAAACCGACUGCUCAGCCUCCCAUGUCUCCUCCUCGCAGCCCUCCCCUCCCCAACCAAGUCUUUGGGGUGCCACUUGCAUUGCUCAGACAGAGGAGUCCAGAUGGGGACUGUGUUCCUGUGGUGAUGAGAGACACCAUUGGUUUCCUUUCAGACCAAGGUUUAGAAAUCGAGGGGAUCUUUAGACGAUCUGCCAAUGUGACUCUGGUGAAGGAAGUCCAGCUCAGAUACAAUUCAGGCACGACAGUAAAUUUCAGAGAGAUGGAAGAUGUCCACUUGGCUGCCGUGAUUCUGAAGACGUUCUUGAGGGAACUACCUGAGCCUCUGCUGACCUACCAGCUCUACAAUGAAAUUGUCAACUUCACCUCUGUGUCCAGUGAGAGUCAGGUGACCGUUAUGAAGACUUUGGUAGAGUCGCUGCCAGAGGAGAACUACGCAUCACUGCGAUACCUCAUCACAUUCCUGGCUCAGGUAUCAGCCAACAGUGAAGUGAAUAAGAUGACCAACAGUAACCUGGCUGUGGUGUUUGGUCCUAACCUGCUCUGGGGGCGGGACAACGCCAUGUCACUCAGCGCCAUUGGGCCAAUCAACAACUUUGCCAGAACCCUGUUGGACCAGCAGCAUCUGGUCUUUACCUAAAUCCCACCCCUUCACCCAGAAACACCACUAAGCCCCCCUCCCUUUACCCACAGCACUUAGUCUUUAGCUCACCCGUGCUCCUGACAAUCAGGAGCUUCAUCAGGGUACUCCACCAGCUUCAUCUGCUUUUCCAUUAAAACACCAUAGAGUUUAAAAGAUCCUGUGGACCAAUUACAUUUCAUGUUGCCUCCCACCAGUCUUUACAUUCUGAUUGGCCAGUGUCCUAACAACAAGACAGCCUAGACAGCUGCUGAGUUCCCAUUUCCAUGCGUAAAGUGGAAACGGUACAUACAUUUCACUAUAGCCCCUCUAUAAACAACUUACAGCACAAAAUUCAACAGUAUGUGACUUACCAUCCAUUCACCCUGGGUCCCUUUGGUUGGACUGUGGAGACCCAUUUAACCCCUGUAGUGGCAAAGUCAUGUACUUCUUUGGCUUUGGUGCUGCCUUUUUUGCUCUAUAAAGUGCUCUAUUAUAACCAGGGAGUGUAUCAUUCAGGACAUAAAUGCACUCAAGUGAAAUAUUUAUUGAUUAAGUUGGUCCCAGUGUGAAUGCAGGGUUAGUCUCACACAACCACUGCAAUACAGGCAAACUGCAGUACAUUUCUGACUCUUCCUCCACCCCAUUACACCCAACCAAACCCAGCAAAAAGUCCUAACUGCAUGUGUUUAUACCUGAAAUAAGUGUGUCUCAGGCCCUGCCUGAACACAGUUUGGCUAUCAUCUUUUAUCUCUAUAGGGAGAUUAAUAGCAGUUGGACUUAGACGUCCACAGUUUUUCUCUGUAUACCUGUAUUGUGCUGUUGUCAGUCUGUCUCUAUAUAGUGCCAAAAAACAAAAAAAAGAAACUGGCCUCCAGCUUUGACAGAAAGACACACAGAGAGAAGGGUGAUUAUGAAUAAUAACUACAGAAAAAUAAGCAGUUACCAAGUGCCCCCCUAGAAUUAUGAUCCCAAACGAAAGAGAGGCAAGAUGAAGAGAAUGGAGGUGUGAGUUUGCAUCUCAGUGGAAGUCUCAGGUUAAUUUCUAAACGCUUAACUUGGUACCAAAUGUUGACAAUCUAUGACAUGCUGUAAUUAAAGUAAGCGGUAGAAUCGGAGCUGUGUGGUUCUACUAGCAGAUCAUUUAGUGUUAGAACCCAAACACAGCUGUGCAUGCGGAUGAAAUGAGUGCUGGACCUGGACCUGGUUUAGGACUCACAGCUCUAUAAUACAUUGUGCUAUAUCCUGAUAUCUUAUGUAUGUUUCUUUAUAGCUUACUCCUUCCUAUAUUUGACUUUAAUAUUGUAUUAAUAAUACCUCGGGACUUCAAGACAUUUUCCCCUGUCACAAUAUUAUAAUUGACUAAACUGUUGUCAUUAUAGUAAGUGUGAUUUUGGCAUUGUAGCUCAUCAGAAUAGAUGGAUUUUAAUGGUACGGGAUAAACAGCUGACACAACUCCAUACAUUUAAGUCUAAUAUUCAGUAAUACAAAAACAUUGUACUAUAUAUUCUAUGUAUAGAUGCUCCUGCCACAAAUCUUUGCAUGUAAACUAUAAUUAAUUGAUACAGUGUCUUUGAGAAUAGAUACAAUAUCACAAAACAAAAUAUUGCGAUACUCAAGUGUAUCAAUAUUUUUUUACACCGCUAACUAAUACCAAUAAUAGACAUGUCAUACUCACCGCUCAGUCAUAUGGUUUUAUCACUAAUGUAUUCCAGUCCUUCCCCUUUGCCUCCUUUUCUAUUAAUGAAAUGUUUUUGCAAAAUGUUUACAGUAAAAGUUAUCCAGUGUUUCCAGUAUUGGUGGGCGGUAAAUAUGGUUCAUUGAUAGCAGUUUAUAUGGGUCAAGAAAAACAGCAAAGUGGAAAGAUUGGACUCUAUUGGUGCAUGAAAGUAGUUUAGUGUUAGAGCAGGAAAGUGGUGAGUAUAUCAUGACUUUAAGGUCAUUGUGUUUAGUGACAUUGGCAGGAUUUUAAUUUAAAAAUGUGACUCUCUUAUUGACUCUUCCAAAGUCGUCCUUUCGCUGUGUGCUACAAUUACAGUUAAGAGACUUGGUAGCCAGCGAAACCCUAUACUUAGAUAUGCUGUGGACUACGCUAAACAACUUGUUUAAAUUAUGGUUAAAAGAUAAAAGCAACAUAUCUACAGUCACAUCUUAAAUUAGCUAACAUAAGCAAACCAUUAGCUAGCUAACUAACGAUUGAUGUAAAUUAACUAGCGAGUUAACUAGUUUUUUGCUGACAUUAGCUAGCUAAUUUAAGAUGUGACUAUGCCUGUAUGUGUCACUUUUGUCUUUUAACCAUCUUCAAAAUGUGUUUUCUCAACAUAGACAAACCUAGCACAUAGCAAAAAUGGGUGGGACAUAGGUAGGGUCAAUUGGUGUACAUGACAAAAUGGAUUGCCUCAACAGUGGAUCUUUGGCCUGGUUAGUAUUCAUUGUACAUGUUACUGGCUUCUAGCCAUAUGGGUUUCUGGGUUUUGAAGUAAAGCAUUUUAUAAUCAUGACCGUAUAAGCUGCCACACAACCAAUGUUUCCCACUGCAGCAUUAGCACUUCGGGUUGUUGUGUGUUGUAGUCUUGUUUGGUACUUACAAUUUGUUGCCAUUCAUUUACCCACUUGGCAUCACCUGUGUGUGAAUUCUGGAUCAGUCAGUUUGUGUCACAGUGCUAAUCCCUGCCCUGUAAAACACAUUUGACUUUUGGCAGUUUUGUAUUUAUUUAUUUUUCCUGACAGCACAAUAGAGCUGUGGUCCUAAGUUAAGUUAGCAUAUGGAGCAUGCUAACCCACUACAAAUUCAUUUAUUGGUUAUAUUCAACUUCAGUGAAACAGUGUUGGCUGCCAAACUGGAUAUAAGAGCAUCCAAUAGGCUUUAUAGUAGAAGGGAUUCAGACUGUACCAUGUUAAGUAUGGAAAAGGGUUUUCAUUGUCCUUUUAAAGUACCCUAAACAACCUAUAUUGUUAAUACAUUUUGACACUUCAAAUAUUGAUUUGAAGUUAUUUUUAUUGUUCUUACAUGUCCUCAAGGUAGGGAUGUUGGAGUUGUAAAUUGGUUCUGUUCUAGCCUUUGGUAUACUUUUUGUUGACGGAUUUCCUUAUGUUUUUCUACAUUUUUUUUUUUUUUUACUUUUGUAUAUAGCUUUUUUGACUUCCUCGCCAAAACCAACCAACUGUUCUCAGUCUGCCACUAUGCCAAUUUAUUUAUUUAGAUUCAUCCCACAUAUAGCACACAAUAUCAUAUAUGAUGAACAAGUAUUGAUACUGGUGUGACAUGAGUGUUACUGAGUUAUUAGUUGACUUACAGCACUAAUGGAGUUUGUCCAAGUUGUAUGGUGGUUUCUGGGUGUCUGCCCUGUUUUGUGGUCUGUUAGUAAAGGAUAAUCUGCAACAAGCUGUGCAGUUCUCAAAGUUACAGGAUUAGAAUCAGUUCUUUUAAUCUGCCAUAAUUACUGGUGGAGAAAAACAGUCUCAACUCAAGGGCACUACAGCCCUUUGACUUGUGAUUUGGGAUGUAGCCUUUUGGCUUGGAAUGAAUUGUCAUCCUCCCUAAGGCCAAAGAGUAAACAUUAUGUUAUGAAAUAGUGCCAUCCAAUCAACUCUUUAUUUUCCUGCCAACUGAUGCACACAUAAUCAGUAAGAGAGCAGCCAAUCAAGUUGCUUGAGUAGGAGAAAAAAAUAUGUCAUUGCAGAUCAGCAGGCAGACAAAGUGUGUUUAGGACUCAAAACACAAAAUUCAAGACCUGACAUGACUUGUUGGUUUUGACUUAACUCAAGCCUUUAAAGACUAGUGACUUGCAAAACAAUGUCUUUGUCGGACCUUUGCUCAUUGAGUAUAUUUACUGCAUGCCUGUGUGUAAAUGUAGCUUAAAGCUGCAGUAGGUAACUUUUAUGAAAAUCAUUUUUUAUAUUAGCUGAAACUUUCACUAUAUCCUGACAGGUAGUAUAUGAGACAAAUAAUCUGUGAAAAAAUCAGGUUCCUCUGGCUCUUCUUAUUGCUCCUAUUGGCAUUUGCAAGAAUUCACCAGGCCUGACCAAAAACAACCAGUCAGAGCCGAGAAAGAUAGAAAGACGCUUUGGGUUGAUGACUUGAAGAUAGAUGACAACCUGGGAAUUAAACUCAACAAUCAACUAUCUAUAUUCUUGCUUCGGAUUGGUUGUUUUCAUUUAGGUACGUUGAAUUCUUGCAAUGCGGGUCGGAGCACUAGGAGGAGUAACCUUAGUUUUUUCACAGAUUUUCUGUAUCAUAUACUACCGUCAGGAUAUGGUGAAAGUUGAUACACAGGGCAGUUUUCUGGGCAGCAAGUAGGCCGUUUCUGGUAAGUUUUGUGUCACUGUUGUCAAAUCUCAAUUUAAACCCAGUGUAGCUGCAAUGCAUCUAUCCACGCUAAUGGCAUCCUAAUCUUAAAUAGACUCAACAUGUUGGAUUUCACUUGUAAUUCCCAGGCCAAGUAGUAUUUCUGAAUCAUUGUCUGUGGUGGUCCUCAGGUUUUAUUUUGAACUUUAAAUUCCACUCAGUUCCCAAAGCCUAAACUUAAAGUUUCUGAAUGUCUCCUUUUUUGGCACCUGUUUGCAAAUUCAGCUCAUCUAAAGCAUUCCGUUCGUUAAAAAAUGAAGCAGCUCAGUAUACUUUUGACCGAUAGUUGUUAACGGGUAUGAAAUGUUUGGCUGGAAGUCACAGGAACAAAGCAGAGAUACUUGUUUGCCCUUUGUGACCCUGAUUGGAUGUGUCUCUUUUCUGUAGUCUCUUUUUAAAGACUCCUGGCCAAACUGUGCUACUUAAUCAGUUGUCUUUUAAUUUGUUAAUGGCCAAAAUAUUAUCAGUAGGUAAUUAUUAGUGUUGUAAUGUUGCUAUGAUUCUUAAUAUGUGACUGAAAAGCACCAGAGGAUCAGAGAUUUAGUUUGACUGAAGCUGAAAGAAAAAAAAUCUUUAUCUGUUUACCUGUUGUAGCUCCCAGUCAUGCCAAUACCAUGGUAAUUGGCAUGCUAUAAGUGUAUAUAUGGGUGUGUGUAAGUGUGUUUGAGUGUAAAUGCUAACUCAGCUGGACCCAGCACAGACAAAAUAUGUCUGUUGGGGUUUAAAUAUAUAUUUAAAAAUUUAAAACUAGGGCUCCUGUCAGUUGAGAUUUGUCUGUAUGUGUGCGUUUAUUAUUGUUGUCAGGUGAAAACAUGGUAACUUCAAUUUUGGUUAUUUUUCAUGACCUUGAUUUAAUGAGAAAAAAGAUCUCUUUAUGUUGACAAAGCUGUACAACCGUUCUCUGAAAAGGCAUUCAAACCUCUUAACAAAAAACAAAUAUAAGAUCCAAUACAGUUUUUCUUAGGUCAUGAAAAAUUUACAUCUUGGAGAAAUUUUCAUUUGACAACAGUAAUAUGUAUGUUAGUGUGUGGGUGCAUGCUCGUGCCUUAUUUGUUUCCCCUAAGUGAUCAUGUGAUUAGCCAUCAAAGUGCCAGUGUGCCCGUUCUGCCAUAGAUUAAAAAUGACGUGAGGUGCGUUCAACAAAGCUUUGGCGUUUGUAUGUUAAGAAACAGAAAAUGUCUUUAACAGAAAACACAAAGGAGAGAACGGAGCUCCUGUCCAAACUGAGCUUGUUGAACACAGCUCAGCUGUAAUGGAUGAUAACAGGCUUGAGAAAUGUAACCUCAUAAAUCUAUAAUUAGCAUACCGAAGAGGAUUAAGGCUUAAUUCAAAAAUGAGUUCUGUAAUUAAUUUGAAUAAACUGAGAUUAAAUAAAAUCUCAAAGAUUAAAAGAUGAAUUCUGAAAUUAAGUACAAAAGAUUUUAAUGAGUAUUAAAGUCAGAAUAUCUACUUUAAUCCUUGACUUUUAAAAAUUACACAUCUCUCAGGAUUCUCAAAUCAAUGCAUUAUAAUUUACAGAUGAGAAAACUCCAUGACUUUAAUAUUUGUGUUUGGUUUUUAUUUUAAGGUUACAUUUGUUCAGAAUUUCUCUAAUAUCGAGUCAACCAAAUAAUCAUUUAUAAUUUACCAAUGUGUUCAGAUUAUUACCAUCCUACGAUCAGUUGUUGUUUCAGAUGUAUAAAAAUGUUGCACAACCAAAUUCUCUCUCCACUUUAUAAUAUGACUAGAUGUCAGCCAUUUUUUUUACUGUGUUUUCACAGUAAUUUCAACCAAGUACAAUUUAUUUAAUAUCUAUAACACUGUUUCUCCUCAACUCUGCUGAUCAAUUACAGCCCUGUCUAAUCUAUGGAUAUUUGUACUGUAACUGUGGUGACAGUGAACAAUAUUUCUCUGUGGGAGAAAUUAUUUGGUUUUUCAUGCUGAUUUAUUGAUACUUAGUGAUCUUAUUUUCUUAACUCUUCUUUUUCAUUCUUUACUUUUGAUAUGUUGUGGAUCUUAGUCUUAUAUAUGUAUGAUAUAAUGGUGAUAUACUGUAAUAUCAAUGUGUGCAAAAAAUAAACAAAUAGUGAAUGAACAGUU